UAUGGCACGAGCGUUGCUUUCGAUAAAGGUGGCAGCACCUACCAGACAUCUACCACCUAUUAGUUUUAAGAUUUUUCUCCAGCAUCGUUCUACGUUAUGUUUGGUUAACGUACUAAGAUGGCGGAUAUUUCAGUUUGAUAAAAGUAUAACCUUCAAAUUACAGUGUAACACUUUAAUACAGAAUAUUUGUUUUUGUAUCACAAUGAGACCAAAAAAAAAUGAUAACAAGGUAUCUCCUAAGAAAAAAAGUGUAAAAACAAAUUCAGAAAUAAAGAAUGAAACAUCUACCAGCGUAGAAAUAACAAGUGGAUUAAAUCAAAAAGAAGAAGAUCAAUUUGUAUUAGAACUUUAUUGGUGUAUUCAAGAAUUGGAAUCGACUUUACAAAAAGGAAACUUACAAGCUAAACAAGAGCAAGAUAUUUUGAAAAGUGUAAAUACUUUAAAAAGUAAUGCCGCGCCUUUGAUUAAAAAGAGACAAAUUAUGAGAAAUAAAUUAGGAGAUUAUAGGAAGAAAAUGACUCAAGACGAACAGAAACUUAAAAAACAAGUUACAUCCGUUACAUUUACAAAUAAACCAAAUUUAAAUAAAAAAUCUGUAUUUUUAAGGAAAGCUUCUAUAAAUGUAAAACAAAGUUCUGUAAAAAUUGAUAACAAAUCGCAGGAAUACUUACAAGAUUCAUCAGAUAAUAAGGAUAGUUGUAUAAUUGAUAAGGACAAUUCGAAAGAGUUUAGGUUUAAUUUCCAAACUGUAACUUAAGCAUGUUUGCAUAUAUUUAAGUAAUAAAGAUUUUGUUUUUAUAUUCAUAACUCCAAGUAAAAAGCAUUUAAUUA